CGCACUGCGCGCCGCCCGCAGCGGCCCUGAGCCACUAUCCCCGCACGCUGCCUGGGAACCGGAGCGCAGAAGCGCGCGCGCCUGGAAGCGAGACCCAGAGAAGGAGCGGGAAGCAGAGCGCAGCCGCCGCCGGGCCCUGCGCGCCCCGGGAGCGCAGCGCGGCCCUGCCCGCGGGCUCCGGGUGUCCGCGGGGCGGCGCCGCGGAACAUGACGGCGCCCUGGGCGGCCCUCGCCCUUCUCUGGGGAUCGCUGUGCGCCGGUUCCGGGCGAGGGGAGGCUGAGACUCGGGAGUGCAUCUACUACAACGCCAACUGGGAGCUGGAGCGCACCAACCAGAGCGGCCUGGAGCGCUGCGAGGGGGAACAGGACAAGCGGCUGCACUGCUAUGCCUCGUGGCGCAACAGCUCGGGCACCAUCGAGCUGGUGAAGAAGGGCUGCUGGCUAGAUGACUUCAAUUGCUACGACAGGCAGGAGUGUGUGGCCACUGAAGAGAACCCCCAGGUGUACUUCUGCUGCUGUGAAGGCAACUUCUGCAAUGAGCGCUUCACCCACUUGCCGGAGCCUGGGGGCCCAGAAGUCACGUACGAGCCACCUCCGACAGCCCCCACUCUGCUCACGGUGCUGGCCUAUUCGCUGCUGCCCAUUGGAGGCCUCUCUCUCAUCGUCCUGCUGGCCUUCUGGAUGUAUCGACAUCGAAAGCCUCCCUACGGCCAUGUGGACAUCCAUGAGGACCCUGGGCCUCCACCCCCAUCCCCUCUGGUGGGCCUGAAGCCACUACAGUUGCUGGAGAUCAAGGCUCGGGGUCGCUUUGGCUGUGUUUGGAAGGCUCAGCUCAUGAACGACUUUGUGGCUGUGAAGAUCUUCCCACUUCAGGACAAGCAGUCGUGGCAGAGCGAACGUGAGAUCUUCAGUACACCUGGAAUGAAGCAUGAAAACCUGCUGCAGUUCAUUGCUGCUGAGAAACGAGGCUCCAACCUGGAGGUAGAGCUGUGGCUUAUCACAGCCUUCCACGACAAGGGCUCCCUUACGGAUUACCUCAAGGGGAACGUCAUCACGUGGAAUGAACUGUGCCAUGUGGCAGAGACGAUGUCACGAGGCCUCUCGUACCUGCAUGAGGAUGUGCCGUGGUGUCGUGGCGAGGGCCACAAGCCUUCUAUCGCCCACAGGGACUUCAAAAGCAAGAAUGUCCUGCUAAAGAGUGACCUCACCGCGGUGCUGGCCGACUUUGGCCUGGCUGUUCGGUUUGAGCCAGGGAAGCCUCCAGGGGAUACCCAUGGACAGGUUGGCACCAGACGGUACAUGGCCCCUGAGGUGUUGGAGGGAGCCAUCAACUUCCAGAGAGAUGCCUUCCUGCGAAUCGACAUGUACGCCAUGGGCCUGGUGCUGUGGGAGCUUGUCUCUCGUUGCAAGGCUGCAGAUGGGCCUGUUGAUGAGUACAUGCUGCCCUUCGAGGAGGAGAUUGGCCAACACCCUUCACUGGAGGAGCUUCAGGAGGUAGUUGUCCACAAGAAGAUGAGGCCCACCAUUAAGGAUCACUGGCUGAAACACCCGGGCCUGGCUCAGCUCUGCGUGACCAUCGAGGAGUGCUGGGACCACGAUGCAGAGGCUCGCCUUUCUGCAGGCUGUGUGGAGGAGCGGGUAUCUCUGAUCAGGAGGUCGGUCAACGGCACUACCUCGGACUGUCUCGUCUCUCUGGUGACAUCUGUCACCAAUGUGGACCUGCUCCCUAAAGAGUCCAGCAUCUAAGCCCAGGACACUAGCGUCUCUCCAGACUCAGUGGAUCUGAAGAAAAAAAAAA